GCGUGGGUAGCUGUGGGCGGUGUCAUGAUCACGCCAGAGCGGAAGAGGCGCAGUAAGGGUUCGUCGUUGAGAGCUGGGACGAGGACCAGGGAUGGACAGAAUGUCACUGGCUGCUUAUUGUGGGAUUUGCUGUAGAAAGAUAGGAGCUCUUGGUUCAGCCCGGAAGACUGACCAAUCAUGGAAGGACAUCAGGAAAAUUGCAAAGUUAACUGGCUCACUUAUUCUAGGUGGUUGCGUCUUGGCUACAUAUGAAGUUCUGACUUUAAAGAAAUUAUUCUCUUUUGAUACCCAAGCUGUACAGCAAGAAAAAUUGAAGUCCUACAUUUAUUUACCAACGGUUUCUUUAGAUCCAAGUGAAUAUCAAGGGAUUACUUAUCAAGUGAGAAAAGAGCUUCACAGAGCAGCAAGGAAAAUACUAGAAACAAAUGCUAGAAUUUUCCGAAGACCAUUUGACGAAUGCUUCAGUAUAUUUGACGCAGAAGAGCAUGAGUGUGCCUUGUGGCUCCUUGUGAAAAGAAGUCAGUCGAAAGAUAAAAUGGUCCGAUUGCAAGCUGUGCAGGAAUUGGCCUCCAAUCGCUACUGGCGUGAUUAUCAAUAUAGAACAGCUGCCCAAGCCAGUGAUCAAAGAACUGCUGUUGGUUUAGCUCGAAGUAAAGAUGUUGACCUGCGAUUUUUCCUGCCAAGUCUCCUUUUAUCAAAACCAAGAGAUGCUUGCUGUUUAGAAGACAAACUUCGACUGCUGCUGGCAGCUUUACCGCAGACAGAUCUUGAUCCAUGUGUACAAUACUUUACAUCAUUGGCUUUAAGAGAGAGCAGUCAGACCAUCGCUGCACAGAAGGGAGGCUUAUGGUGUUUUGGUGGAAAUGGGCUUCCUUAUUGUGAAAGUCUCAGUACCGUCCCUGCAAAGACAGUAGAACUCUUCUGUUUACAAGCCUUAGUACACCAUUCCAAGGUUCCUAGUCAUUGUGAUGAAAUUGAAUCAAAAGGGGGACUUCAACUGCUGCAAGAACUAUACCAUCUUUGUAAAGAUUCCCCCAAAAUACAAAGGAGUAUCAUUCACAUAAUUGGAAACAUGGCACUUGAUGAACGGCGUCAUUCAUCUAUAGUGCGUACAGGUUGGGUUUCUAUCCUUGCUCAUAUGAUGAAAUCUCCACGGGUCAUGGAAUCCUCCCAUGCAGCAAGAGCCUUGGCCAACCUAGACAGGGAAACGGUGCAAGAAAAGUAUUCAGAUGGAGUAUAUCUUUUACACCCACAGUAUCGAACCAAUGAGCCCAUUAAAGCUGAUGUCCUUUUUGUUCACGGUCUUUUGGGAGCAGCAUUUAAAACAUGGCGGCAACAGGACAUUGAACAGUCUACUGCUGAGAAGGAAGUAGAUGCAGAAGAUGACUAUACUGAAUGUUGGCCAAAGACAUGGUUAGCAUCUGAUUGCCCAUCACUUCGAAUUAUAUCUGUGGAAUAUGACACACACCUGAGUGAUUGGAGAACAAAAUGUCCUGUGGAGAGCUACAGGGAAUCUCUUGCCUACAAGAGUGCUGAGCUUCUCAAGAAAUUACGAGCUGCUGGUAUUGGAGACAGACCUCUCGUAUGGCUAUCGCACAGCAUGGGGGGUCUUCUAGUCAAGAAGAUGCUGUUGGAUGCUUCCAUGGACCCAGAAAUGGAUUCCAUUGUAAACAACACCCGGGGAAUUGUAUUUUAUAGUGUUCCUCAUCAUGGCUCCAGGUUGGCUGAAUACUCAAUAAAUGUUAGAUUUCUGCUCUUUCCUUCAGUGGAAGUUAAGGAACUCAGCAAAGAUUCUCCUGCCCUUAAAGUACUGAAUGAUGACUUUCUCUCAUUUGCCAAGAAUAAGAACUUUCCUGUAUUGAGUUUUGCAGAAACUUUGCCAACGCGAGUCAGUAGAAUGCUGAGCCUGCAUGUAGUACCAGUGGAAUCUGCAGAUUUAGGCAUAGGAGAACUCAUUCCUGUAGAAGUUAGCCACUUGAAUAUUUGCAAACCGAAGAACAAGGACUCUUUUCUCUACCAGCACACUCUAAAGUUUAUUCAAGAUUCAUUAGCAGGAAAGCUGGGCAACUAAUGAACUGAUGCAAAGCUUUGCUUAUUUGUUCUUUGUAAUUCUAACACAUUCUUGGGCUGAAACUGGGACUGGGCUGACAGAAGUGCGAAGGUGCAGCCUAAUUUUUUUUAUUGCUGUCAGAUUGGUUUUUAACAGCUCAUAACUGCUGACCUUGGAGUAUAUAUGAGAUAUGAACAUGCACAGAUGCAAUUUGAUAUUUCUUAAAAAGAAAAUCUGUGGUAGCUUUUGUUCUCUUCAACUCUUUGAUGCACACUCUCAUGCAUCCUGGAAGUGUACAGGAGAAGUCCUGUUCAAAACGUGACAUGGAAGCGCUUCUUGCCUGAGUUCCUAAUGGGUCCUUUACUGUCCAACAGAAAACACAAAAUGUCCUUUUAACCUUAAAAAGAUCCUUGAGAGGUGACCCUGCUUUGCUGUAUAGGAAGUCAGCAGUGCAGACCCGUGCAGCAAUCAUCCUGUAUUCAUUUUAGCCAGACACACAUACUUGCUGGUUUUGAGAUGAGCACAUCCUAAAACCUCCAGUGCAAGUGUACUGUGGGGAGUAAACACACUGGAAUAGUAUAUCUGUUUUCCCACCACGUGGACAUGUCUCUUUACCCAUCAGCAACAGAAAUAGAUCGUCUUGGGAUAUGAGCUGCUAUAAAACAGUUUGGUAUGAUGAAGGAAGACCUGAUUCUGUUUGCAAAUAUGAGAGGAAAAUUGUCUAGUGACAUCUGAACCUGCAAGCCUAGACUGUAUCCUUUGCAUCCAUUUGCAAGGGAAAAAAUAAGAAUAUCCCUCCAAGUGUUGAUUUGCUGCUGCAUUUGCUGCAGAAGCAGUGGCAAGCACUUCAGGUGCCACAAUCCUGUGUUCACUUUCUUCAGAAUAAGCCCAUUUGAACUCAGUGGAACUUGCUUCUAAGUAUGCAUAGGAUUACACUAUUGGGGUAUUUUCUUUAAAGGCUGGUUCAAUGUAUUAUUCCCAUCGUGACUGAUUUGGCCGUAGUCAUCUUAAACCAGAGUGCUCUGCAAAGGAAAUAAUUUUUUUUAAAUCAUUGUUUUAUCCUGCAUGAAAGGCUGAAUUAAUAUCCAUAGCCUUUUAAACUUUCACCAUCAUUGUGGUCAAAUAGAAUGUUUGCACCAUCUAAAUAAUUCUCAACUUCGAAGGGCACAAACCAUAAGGUCUACAUCAUCUGAAUAGCUCAGCCAAUUCUAUAUUAUAAUAUUCAGAAUGCCAAGCACUGCAGAAGGGGAAGAAUCCUUUCCUUGGAGUGCUUUUAAGUAUUGCGGAUACAGAUAUUUAACUGUUCUUCUAAUCUAAACACUCCUGUGAUCAACCCUCAGUGGCUCAGUACAUCAUGCCAAACCAUGGUUUAUAAUUCUCGUGAAUUGCUGCUUAUGUUAUUUUGUAUUCUAUCUGCUUAACAUUCCCAUCAAAUUGCAGUAGCCUCUGGAGGUAAAGUAACAGCCAUAUGAUUUCUUGUCAAAUCAGAAAUCAUGCCAAACCAUAAUUAGCACAAACCCACUUCAUUGAUUCACCAGCUGCUAUAACAAACCAUGGUUUCAACACUAUGGCAAAUCUUAAUAAAGCUUCCUUAACCAUGGUUUGGUGCAGUGUCUAAAUUGAGCCCAUUCAUAUGUAACACAAGCACUGCCUUUUGUAGGCAAAAGGGGAACUCUUAUUAGGAGCCUGGUACUGUGUUGCCCUAUACAGAAAAUAUGUAUCUAUAAAUGUUGGAGCUGUCUGAAGCAGGCAGUUUCCCCCUCCUUCCCUUCCAUACAUAACAUGCUGUUUAUACUGUAAUUAUUAUUUGUGUAAUAAUGAACUAUAUAGCAUUCAUGUGUGUAUAUAUAACUUUUUCAAAUGAAACCAGAACUGUCUUAAUGCUGGAGAUUCUCAAUUUGUAAAA